UUAUUCUCACCAUAACCAACUUAAUACUUUUUAUGGCCAUUUCACCAAAAUAUUACUACUACAAAUUGUUGUUGUAGUUACAUUUGGUUUCAGAAAAAAUAAAUAAAUAAAAAUGAAAUCUACUACUUCAAGAUUAUUAAUAUUGUUGCUGGGGAUUAUUAUCAUUAACAUUUGUGCUUAUUCAAAAAGACCUGAUACUGUAAAUGUUGGAGCAAUAUUUUCAUUUGAUUCAGUCAUUGGUAAGGCUGCAAAAAUUGGUAUGGAAAGUGCUGUAAUUGAUGUUAAUAAUGAUUCAAGAAUUCUUAAUGGCACACUUUUCAAUUUGUUCAUGGAGGAUACUAAUUGCAGUGUUUUCCACAGUUCCAUUGAAGCGUUUCAGAUGUUAGAGAGAAAUGUAGUGGCUUUAAUUGGGCCACAAUCAUCGACUGUAGCUCAUAUGAUUUCUCAAAUUGCAAAUGGUCUACAAGUGCCAAUAAUUUCAUAUGCUGCUACGGAUCCCACUUUAUCGUCCCUCCAAUUCCCAUACUUCUUUAGAACUACACAAACUGACUCAUACCAAAUGGCAGCCAUGGCUAAUUUGAUAGACUUUUAUGGAUGGAAAGAAGUGCUUGCAAUAUAUAUUGAUGAUGAAUAUGGAAGAAAUGGGAUAUUUUCUUUAGAUGAUGAAGUAGAGAAAAGAGAGUCAAAGAUUUCUUAUAAGUUUGCCUUGCCCACUAACUAUAAUCUUAACGAUAUCACUGAUGUGCUUAAUAAAACGAUCCCACUUGGUCCUCGUGUUUAUAUAGUCCACAUUAAUCCUGAUCGUGCACUCAGAAUCUUUGAAGUAGCCAAUAAGCUUAAUAUGAUGACGAGUGAUUAUGUAUGGCUAACAACUGAUUGGCUUUGUACCACUUUAGCGUCGUUUAGCCCAAAGAAUCAAGAGUUUCUAAGAAUUAUCGAGGGUGUGGUUGGUCUUUGUCAGCAUACUCCACAAGCAUCAAAAGUUAAAAAUUUUGGGUUGAAUGUCUACGGAUCAUAUGCAUAUGAUACUGUGUGGACUGUAGCUCACACAAUAGAUACAUUUCUUAAUCAAGAUAUGGAUAUGACAUUUUCGGCUGUCAGUUCACAGAUUGGGAAACUCAAGAUUUUUAAUAACGGGAAACAGUUUGUCAAGAUUCUAUCUGAAUCUAAUUUCAAUGGUCUGACUGGUCCAAUUCACUUCAAUGAAGAUAGAAACUUGGUUCCACGUGGAUAUAAAGUCUUUAAUAUGGCCAAGUUAGAGAUUCAAAGUGUAGGUUAUUGGUCCAACCAUUCAGGUCUCUCUAUUGAGCCACCUGAAUCUUUAAAAGUGAAUAAAAGUAGCUCUUCUGGUUUAAAUGAUAAACUUGGUGUAGUAACUUGGCCUGGUGGCAAGACGGAUCGGCCACGUGGAUGGGUCAUUGGUGAUGUGGAAAGACCUUUGAGAAUCGGGAUACCAAAACGACAUAGCUUUGCUGAAUUUGUGACAGAAUUAAGCAAUCAUACGAUUGAAGGAUACUGUAUUGAUGUGUUUAAAGAAGCACUAAAGUUAGUUCCUUAUGAACUCCCCUAUAAAUUUGUGCCAUUCGGAGAUGGUCGGUCCAACCCUAGUUAUGAUCGACUUGUAAAACUCGUUACAGAUGAUGUGUUUGAUGGAGCAGUUGGAGAUAUUGCUAUUGUGACAAACAGAACGAAGAUUGUAGAUUUCACGCAGCCUUAUGCCACGAGUGGUCUUGUGAUAGUGAUACCUAUCAACAAUUCAAAAGGCAGUGCUUGGGUAUUUCUUAGACCCUUUACUGUGGAAAUGUGGUGCGUCACUGCAGCGGCUUUUGUAUUGAUUGCUUUUGUUAUCUGGCUUCUUGAACAUCGUGUUAAUGACGAUUUUAGGGGUCCACUUAAGAGACAGCUUGUCACGAUAUUCUUGUUCAGCUUUUCGACCUUGUUCAAGAGUAACCAGGAAGAUACGGUUAGCCCACUUGGACGGAUGGUGAUGGUGGUAUGGCUUUUCCUGUUGAUGGUGAUCACAGCAAGCUAUACUGCAAGCUUAACAUCCAUUCUUACUGUACAGCAACUUUCGUCACCCAUCACAGGGAUAGAUAGCUUAGUGGCUAGUCAUCUACCAAUUGGGUAUCAACGGGGAUCAUUUGCCAAUACUUAUUUGGCUGAUAAUCUUUACAUUCCUGAAUCUAGGCUUAUUCCUUUAAACACAUCAGCUGAAUAUGCUAAAGCAUUGCGGUUAGGACCACAUAAGGGAGGGGUGGUAGCAAUUGUUGAGGAACUUCCUUACAUCGAGUUGUUUCUUUCCGAAUAUGAUGAUUUUGGGAUCGUUGGUCAACCAUUCACUAGAAGCGGAUGGGGAUUUGCUUUCAAGAGAGACUCUCCUCUUGCCACGACUCUAUCCCUAUCAAUUAUGCAACUUUCUGAAAAUGGAAAGCUUCAAGAAAUCCACGACACAUGGUUCUGCCAAAAUGGUUGUCCGAGUGCUUUUGGGCGUGGUGGGGAACCUAACCAGCUUCACAUGAGCAGCUUUUGGGGUCUAUACAUAAUUUGUGGCAUUUUCUCACUCACUGCAUUGGUAUUAUUUUUACUACAAACUGUUCGCCAAUAUAUCUAUUACAAACAAAAGCAGAUGUUGGAUCCACGGUCCCCUUCAUUCCCAGCUUCAGUCGCAGCAUCAUCACAGAGAGGAUGUUAUGGGGUUUUGUCCAACUUUUUCGAUUUUAUUGAUGAAAAGGAAGAAGCUAUCAAGAAUAUGUUCAAGAAAGAUGAUGAACCCUCUCAAAAUACUUGAUUUUAGUCUAUAGUGAAUCUGUCAGUGACUAAUUUAAUGUCACAUUGGAUAUAUUACAUGAACACACGUAUUGUAAUUUGUAAAUAUAUAUCUACGUUACCUUGUUA